AUGACAGGGGGUGUGGAUGGGUGGGAUGACGGCGGAAGAUGGAUGGGUGAGAUGAUAGUGGGGGUGGGUGGGAUGAUAGCGGAGGAUAGGUGGGAUGAUAGCGGAGGAUGGAUGGGUGGGAUGAUAGUGAGGAUGGGUAAGCGGGAUGAUAGUGAGGAUGGAUAUACGCUAGUUGGAAACACAUUGGUUGAUGAUGAGGCAUCAGUGAAGACAUGA